AUGCAGAGUAAAGAUAAGGAGUUGUGCCUUUGCACGGGUCUCCAUAUAAGCUGGAACGCGAACACCUGCGAGGAAGCUAGAGCACGCAGAGAUGCAAAGCUUGUUAUACCGCCUAUAUUUCAAGCUGCUCCUGCCGAACUGGGUGCUUGCGUUAUAGACACCUCUGUUGAAGCAAUAGGAAGAAGUUCCAAUAGAGGAUGUCUGACUUGCUCACUUUUAUAUGAUGCUACGAGAAAUACCCCACUUACCUGGAGGACGAGAUAUUGUAACAGAACGGUCGAAAUUUGGUACAAAGACGGUAAUUUGAAUGUUCAUGGUGGAACAGGACGUGAAAGUCUCCAUGGAAAGGUCUCGGUCGACUCUAGUAGGUAGAUUAAAAAAGUUAAACUACAGCGGUACAGAUUAGCUGACAAGCUAGACUUCCGAGAGCAUUGCAUUGCUUUUCCCAUCUCCAAGCCAUACCACAAACAUACCGCAUCUGAAGAUACUUUCAAAAAGCUUACAAACUGGAUAAAAGAAUGCUCAAAAGAACAUUCUUGUGCUGAGUCAAGUCAAAGCAUACUUCCAGAAAGAGUUGUUGAUAUAGGACUAGAUGACACAACACCCAAAAAGGUACCAAUACGCAAACACUAUUUAGGGCACAAGAUAUCUGACUGAAUACUCGCAGUUUCGUCGUCUGCGAGUUAACGAGAGUUGUGGACAAUUCGGCUCAUAUGCCGUACUGGGUCAUUGUUGGGGCUCCUCCCCUAUAGUCACCUCCGUUAAGUCCAACUUCCAUGAUCGAAAAAGUCAUAUAAGUUGGAACGAGCUGUCAAAGACCUUCCAGGAUGCAGUUACCAUUACUUGGAAACUUGGAAUUCCAUAUCUGUGGAUCGAUUCAUUGUGUAUCAUUCAAGGUGACCCAGGGGACUGGGAAAUACAAUCAUCCAAAAUGCUCUCUGUCUAUAGUUGUGCAUAUCUGACUAUUGCUGCGGAUCAUGCAGAGAAUGGCGACGGGGGCUGUUUUGCUUCAAGUUUCUGCAAGCCCUUACUUAUAAGACAAAUAGAUUUACCAGAGACUCUUCAAAGUCAUGGGACGGCGUCAACUGAGUGGGAUGAUGAUUGUGGCCUUCAUCCAGCCCACGCCAAAUUUAUGAGGCCUAUCUGUAUAUCCAUCCGCUAUCGAGCCUUUCUUCUCGUGGAUGGACUUUACAGGAGCGUCUUUUGUCACGACGUAUAG